GUAUUUAUAGCUUUAGUAGAAUUUCUGUGAUAAAACUAAUAAAUGUGUAUAAAGUGUUUAAAUUGGUCUUAUGUGUAACUCGAGCAAUAAAAUUUAAAGGUUUUUAGUGAUGUGAUAUGUCGACUUGUACUUUUUUUUAAUAUAUUUAGUGACACCAAACAUUGCAACAUUGCACUGACUAAAAAUGGAUAUCACUUCAAAAAAGUCAGAUAUUAGUAAGAGGAUAUUGGAAACUAGAAAACAGACUGAAGAAUUAAAAGCACAGUUGCAGAAUCUGAUAGACUCUGGAAUUAAUUCCUCAUUAGAAUAUAAGACUACAGUUCAUUCCCAUCUGGAUAAAGAAAAUAUUACAGAAUCCCAGAAUAAAGUACAAAUUAUCAAAUCAUAUGAUACUAAACAUUCCCAGCAUAUAACGAAACCAAGUUCCUCUAGAACAAAUUUACCUGAAAGUUUUCAAAACAUAAAACCUGAAAAUAAAGAGAGAAAAGCAAGAAACUACGAUGUGAAUAAAGCCCGUGAAUACAUAAAGAAGCAACGAGAGAAACGCCUAGAGCAGCAGAAGAUUCAGGAUGAACAAAAAAAGAAGGUGGAACUUCAGAAACAAAAACUUCAAGAGCUUCAUAAAAAAUCAUUGGAAUUAGUUACAAAAAAUGUGCAGGCUAAAAAGGAAAAAUGUAAAUCACAUGAACGUAUCGAUUUGGUAAGACCAGUAAAAGAUAUCCCGCGAAGCAGAUCUUUAUCACGGGAAAAAGGUUAUGUUAAUAGAAAUACACCAGGUUUAAAAGAUGACCAUGGUAGAAAAGGAAAAUCAGUAGAACGGGUAAACAAAAUACCACUGGAGAACUUACGGCCUAUAGAUACUAAUUUAUUAUAUCCUCCGACUCAAGAACACAAUACAUCAAGUAAAAAUUCACCUGGGACUUGUAAUAAAAUAGUAAUUUUAAGUGGUAAUAAUACCGGCAAAAAAAUAGGAACUCCAAAAUUAGAUCUUAAAAAUGAGGCAAAAUUAUUAAAACCUAAAAAUUUAUUUAACACUCCAAAAGAUACUAAUACAUUGCACCCUCCACCACAGGACUAUGAAUUAAAUAGUCGAAUGCAGAUAAACAAUUUAAAUGAGGACGAGAAAAUUGGUGAAGCAAAUAUAAAUUUAUCUCGUAGUUUUCGUAUAACUAAAAAUGUAAGUGAUAAUACAGGAACAAAAGUGGAAUCAAGAAAACGAAAUUCUUUAGAGCCGAAAGAUACCGAAGUAUCACUUACGACAAAUGGUAAGUCGCCGUUAGAAGAUGAGUUAAAUAAAAAUGUUUCUAUUAAUAACAUACUUGAAUAUAAAAAUACUCAGAAUAAGAACAGUCUAAAUAUAAAUUUUACAAAAGAAACUCAAACAAACAGUGAACCAAAGCGGGAGUUCCCCUCCUGGCUUCAAGAGAAAAAAUACGAUUCUAGUCCUUUAAAUUUUAUAAACACCGUUAAAAGAAAAUUACAAUACACCAUAAACUCCCCUAUGACAUACGUAGAUGUCGGGGUUCAAAGUUCUUUAGCGCAACAAAAUUUUAAACCAGACACUCCACAGAAUAUCGGGAACAAAAAACAAAUUUUAGAGAUUUUGCAACGCAGUGCAAAAUCUAGUAAGAAAUCAGAUCUUAAAUCGUUCAUAUCUCACAAAUGCCUUAAUUUGAAUCAAAAAAGUAUUCAAAACCUCGAUCUCAUCCCAAAGGAUUUUAGUGGCAAGAAUUUAACAAUAUCAAGAAAUACGGAAACGGAGAGCGAAUCUGACACAUCAAAAAAUAUCCCUGAAAUUUCUAGCGAGAGUGGAACUUCAAUAAAAAAGGACGCUGAAUCCGUUAAACAAAAUGGUAGUAUUGGAUUAGACGCAGAAAGAUUAAGUUCCUUGAAGCUUACGGCUCACAAUAUGGAUAAAGAUACACACACUAUUCACUUGGAAGCAUCACGAACAGAAGCGACACCAGCUGUAACAAACGGUGGGUCAACAGUUCACAUAAACUUUGACGAUGUAGUGGAUACAAAUACUCACACAAAGAGAUCCAUAUAUGAAAACGAUCAAUAUAUGUCAGAUUUUCAAUCGAGUAGUCGUUCUAUAAGUCCCCGAAGUAGUUUAACACGAAAUAAAACAACCGUGGAUUCAAAAAUUGCAGAUUACCAAAAUUUAAUGGAUCCGCAAAUUAUGCUUUACUCUGAAAAACAUUCCAAUAACAUUCCUAAAAGUUCAGAAAGACAUUCCAAGAAUACUACAACGGAUAUUAAGAUAAAUGGAGAAAGUGAAAGAUCUAGAAAUAUUACAGUAAGGAAUAAUAGUAUCGGGAGAAGUAUAUCUCGCGUUACUUCAAUUGAAAGUGAUGGUUUGACGAAUAGAAAAAUGACGUCAAGUGAUAAAUCGAUUGAGACGGAAAUGCAAGGAGGUGAAAAUAAAUUUGAAGAGUCUGAACACAGCGAACCCUUAACCAGUGUUGGAAGUUCAAAAAAGUCCGAUAAAUACAAGUCUCUCUAUUCAGAUUUUCAUCCGUCUGCGACUAUUAGCGAAAUGUUGACGAAAUCCGAUUCUAAUCUACAAAGUAUCAAUACCCGAAGGGGGUCCGAUGUUGCUGCAGCAAAUAGUAUACCACCUUUAAAAGAACCAACGCUGUCGCUGGUAGCCAACGAAAAAAGUAAAGUGAAAGUGGACAAAAGCAGACUGUUGAAGAAUAUUUCUUUACAGUCCGCAGAAUUUGACGAUCAGAAUAAUAGAAAUGAAAUCCACUUGAAAUUUGAAGCGGAAAUUCACCUUUUAAACGACUUUAACGAAUCCCUGCGCCAGUUCUCGGAGGUAGAAAAGGCUUUUAACUCUUUGAAAUCGAAAAACGAUGCCGCCGCACCAACCAACAAGAUUCUCCAGAAUCAAGACACUCAAACUUCCAUCGUAACGAAAUCUCCUGCGCCCUCUACUAAGGCGAAGGAAAACGGCGUUUCCGAUGACAAAAGCGAGCUGUCUUCCAUAAAUUUCUCCAGGGGUUUUCUGGUUAACGGCGAUUCGAGCAGUUUGAAUGUCGAUACCACCGUUUCCAAGCUGGACGAUACAAACAACGCUGAAGAAUUUUUAAAUAUGAAUAUCAACAACGAUUUAUCUAAUUUCGAAAAUGUGCAGUCGCAUAAUUUUGCCGGCAUGACACUUAGAAUGUUUGAACAACUUAUUAAAGACGAGGACGUUCGGUUAGAAAACUUAAAGACGAUCUUGAAAAUCAGAGAACAAGCCUUGUUGGAUAGAACGAAGGGGGAAUUGGCGUGGCUGGAGAUACAAAGAAAGCAUUUGAGAGAGACGGGAAAAUUACACGAAGCGUCUCUAAUCAAAAAGAAACAGAGGGGCAUUUUAGUGAACCACCAGAAAGAGAGACAUGAGAUGCAAAGGCUGAAACAAAUGCAAAAGGCAGCUUCGAUAGAGAGGAAAAUAAUUUUGAAAGAACAGAGAAAUUUAAUAAAACAUCAAUUAUCGACUGAUAAGAUGCUCUCGAAGAUAAAAGUGAAUACGCCGCGAGAGCGUAGGCUCUCUGGUCCUUUGAAGGUCAUUCAAAGCCAUACAGAGUCGAUAAGGUCGGAGACGUCGUUCUCAAGAAGGAGCUCCAGCGAGAAGGAGAAGGAAACGUACAGCGUGAUAUCGCACGCCCAGUCCAUCGUGAGCAUGGUGUCUGAAAUAUCGGGCGAGGAGGCAGUGCAGAAGGACAGGGCGCCUAGGGCGGAAUCGACGGAUCUGGCCAUAAAACUGCCCAGCGAGGCGUGCGGCGUUCCCAUAUCUCAAAUGAAAAGGACCCUCUUGUUGCGGGAGGCGGCCCUGCAGAAACGGAGGAGGGCCGCGCUGGAACUGCUGCAAUGGCACAGAAAGCUACUAGAAGAAGAAAAGCGGAUAACAGAAUUGGAGUCCACCGCGAACACCAUCAUUUCCCAAAUACCUAGUAACGCCCCGGACAUCGCCGAAAAGUACCACUUCAAAGGCAAGCAGCUCAAUCAGUUGUGGUUCAACCUGACGGGGUGCGACGAGAGGAAAUUCAGCGAGCACAAGAUCUACCCGAUGUCGCAGAUAGCGUUGGAACGGUUCUGCAAGAGCGCCAGGGACUACUCGACGAAAACGAAGCCGGCCAGCGACAGCGUUAGUGAAUACAGUGUAGGUAGUAUAAGUGAUAACAUUCCAGUCGUCCACGUCGCCAGUACCAGGCCGGAAUCGGAGACGUCACGGCGUAGUUCGAAUAAAAACGAAUUUGAGUACGCCUCCGAUUUCGACAUCGAGUCGCUCCGGGACAUCGUCAACGCCGGGGACAUGGACGAAAGCAUAAACGAGUUGAUCGACAACUUCAGCAAGAUCCAGGAGGACAUAUCUUCGCUCAGUAUUAAGCAGUCGCUGAAGUCGGACGCGGAUCUGGAGCCCGACGAAUCGGUCAGAUCCGAGAGGACCGACUCGGAGGUAGAAAUUUCCGUUAUCGAAACGGCGAAAACUUCGAGGGAAAAAUCUUUGAUAGAAACAGAUCCCAAACUGAUAGAAAAUAAGGAAGUAAAAAAAGGUUCCGAAUUGUCCGGGUCAAAAUCCUCCGAAGAGAAAAUCGAUACCGAAACGCCGGAAUCGGAGGUUGAAGAAACCAAAGAAGGUAAAUACGAUAAAGUGGUUGAAGAAGACGCUUUGAACGUCGAAGGAAAAAAUAUCUUAAACACGUCCAAGGAGAUCCUCGAAGAACUUAGCCGUCUAGAAAGUCAUGCCGACGAUGAUAUAUCUCCCGACGGAUCUGCGUUCGAAGACAUCCAGAUCGUCGAUAAAGCGAAGGACAAUCUGAGUAAAAGCGAGGAAAUUUUAUCAAGGUUGAGCCAGUCAGGGGACGAACACAGUAUUAUUGCUUUUAGGGAUGACGCGCCUUUAGAAAGCGAAGCAAAAAUUUCUUCAGAUGCAAACGGUACGGUUGAACCGGAAGGUAUUUUCUUAAAUCUGCAACCUCUUGAGGUACGAGCGACCGAUAACGUUUCUUCCGCUCAAGAAACGGAAGAUAGAAGCAGUUUCGAUAUCGAUACGUCGGAAAAUAUUCCUAUCAGCGAAAAAUCACGUAUAACGGAAGACAGGAUAGAUACUCAAAGCAAAGCCGAAGAAGACGUAGUAUUAAACGGGGAAAAAAUUGAUCUCAAUUCAGGAAUUAUUUCUGAACAACGAAUUGAAACCGAAGGGUCUUCCGAAACAAAAGACGCUUUGGCGAAAAUUUCACAGCAAGGAGCUCCUAGUGAAAUCGGUGAAAAUUCCAAUAAAACGAUUUCCGAUACAGACUUGCUGCAAGACGUAACAUCGAAAAUAGAGAAAAAGUCGUCACGUUCGAUCUCAACGGAGGAAAUUUCGGCAGUUUUAGAAAGUCGCAAAGAAACAGACGCAGAAAGCGACAGUCAUACAACGACAACAUCGGAAGGAACAGUAACUGAGAAAUCGUCCAUUAAAGAUAUCGAAUUAAUAAUUACGGAAGAUUCUAAAGAGGGCGUAGAACACAAUAGCGGAUCUCCGUCCGAAACGCCUUCCUCCGAAGAAAUUUCCUUGGAAAAGUCUCUCGUCGAACCCGAUAAGCCAGACGAGCGCCUCGCAAAAGAAAAAAUCGAAGACGUUUCCGAUACCGUCCCUUCGGCGAUCGAAGACACGGAUAAAUCGCGUACGACUCCGGUUCCCGAAAAUUCCGCGACCCUUCCAAGCAAAGAGGACAUCAAUUCUUUCGAAGAGAAGGAGCUGGAUUCCUUGUCUUCGUCCACGACGGGUUCUCAGACCGGCGCGCUCAGCGAAAGGGAGGAGAAUCGGUUUUCGGAGAGGUCGACGAGCGGCUCGUCCGAAGAGAAGUUGGCGAGAAGCGGGGCGGUCGAUGUGAAAAAACGUGUGUCCGAAAUAAUGGCCGACGCGAAUCAGGCUUCGAGGGGCGACAAGAGCCCCAAAUUGCAGGAUUUCUAUACCACGACGUACGACUUGGUGUCUCCGACGAAUUCCCCCGAAUUAGGGUCUCCGACGGAAGAGCAUAAAUACAUGACGGCAAAGAGUAUAUUCGGCACGGAAGCCGAAGAAUUAUUAAGAAAACAACUGGCCAUCGAACAAGAGAUCAAACAAAUAACGGAACAACAACAGAAAGAACAACUACCGUAUCUAUUCGUCAGGGAGAUACCGAACAAGCCGCCUCCGCCGUACACCCCACCGUCAUCCGUCCCUGCCACCAACGCAAUUACGAUAGUCCCCACCAGCGAAGAAAUAGAAAACAUCGCGAAAUACUCCGCCAAAAUCCUGCACAAGGCCCAUCUGUCCAACAACUUGGACAACAUUUCAAUAUCGGAAAACACCCUGAGUCUCAUUUCUAAGGAUAUCACCAAGGAGUGUUAUAAGUUCGUGUUCGAUCUGUGCAAGGAAAUCGCCAAAGAGCAUUACAAACAGUUCGAGACAGAAGAAGGCCCCGCUUGGCUGCGGGUGAAGAAGAACGCCAGAUUGGCGGUUGUAAGGCCGUUGGAUGUAAUCGGUUUAGAGAAGCACAUGAACAAAAAACUUCAGGAGUUGUUCGGAUACGAGAAGCCGGUGCGACACGAAAACGCGAUAAUCAAAUGGAGUCGUAAGAAAAGGGACCACGUGGAUGAAAUUUUGGUGAUGGAAUCUCAGGCGGAGGAAACUCAGUGGACGAAUUACGAUAAAGAUGAAUUGCUUGUUAUUAAUGAAGUUACGAAUGAGAUUAUGAAUAUGCUGCUCAAGGAAACCGGUGAAAUUUUUAGUAAAAUUUUAUCUAAACAGACUCUUUAAUAAUCUAGUUUUAUUUAUUUGUACUGCUAAUUUCCCGUUAUUAGUAUUGUUUGUAAGUAUUAUUUUAACUGCCAUAUUUGUUCUAUAAUUUCAAUAAAAGGAUUUUAUAUUGUU